ACCAAGGGAACCGCCGUAGAGAACGGGCGUCCCACGUGGGUAACGGUCGCCACGUGCAGAAGCCGAGCAGCGAGGUGAAAAGCUGGGGGGGAGGAGGAGGAGAAGUGGGGUGCGGGAGAAUCGCUGAACCCCGAGGCUUCUCCUCCUGCUCCGCAGCUUCUCCGUCGUCCCUUCCCCUUGGAAAGCUGGCGGGCUUCCUCCGGAGCCAACCCCCCCAGAAACUUGGAGCCCUGCGAAGAGCCCGAGCUUGGAGUCCUCAGCAGCUGCUUUCCCAGCAUGGAUGAGGCCACCCGCAGGAAGCCCCGCCUGGCAGCCUCUCUGCAGAUGUCCCCUGGCCCCAGCCUGGGCCCCAUUCCCUGGAGACCCUUGGAAGGCUCUGCCCAGGCUUCCUCCGAGCCUCAGCCUUCCCAGGCGGAGGAGCCCCUUAGGGGAGAAGAGAAGAAGAAGAAGCUGGAGGCUGAGGCCGCGGGGGAUGGGCUGCUUCCAGAUCCUCCUGCUGUGCUGAGGGAGCUGAUCCUAGGGCACAGAGACCCUCCUCCAGGCCAGGCGCUGAGCCUCCUCACUCGCUAUGCGGAGGGCAUGGGCCUUACUCUGUGCUUUGUGGACCAUGAAGCCCAGGUCCCCUUCCGACACUUCUCUGUCCGUGCUGUGCUGGGUGAGGUGUCCUGUCCUGAGGGGACCGGGAGCAGCAAGAAGGAGGCAAAGGGGCAGGCAGCCAUCGCUGCUCUCACAUGGGUCAGGGCCCAGCUGGAGAACCCAGCACUUUUCAGAGAUCCUGACAGCUUCCCGCUCUAUUCUUUAACUGCAGAGAACAUUGUGACCCAUGAGCAGCGUUGUGCGGCUGUGGUGAGCUCUGGGUUUGACCGCCUGAUAGGUGAAAACUCCCCUUACCAGGGCUGCAAGCGAAGUAUAGCAGCUGUCAUCCUUGAAAGGGAAGUCCCAGAUGACAGAGGCAGCUGUAGAGAGACCUAUGAGCUGGUUGCUCUGGGUACGGGUUCAGGCGGCUAUAGGGGCUGGAUUGAGUUCAUGGGCCGAAGACUCCACGACACUAACAGCUUGGUCAUUGCCCGCCGUGCCUUGGUCAGGUUCCUGUUCCGGCAGCUCCUACUGGUGGCCAGCGGGGGCCCAGAGGGGGCAGAACGAUCAGUGCUGACCCCUCGGCCAGGCCCCGGGCCCCCUUUUGCCCUGAAGCCCAAAAUCUUCUUACACUUAUACCUCAGUGAAACCCCCGCGGGUGCUGCACAUGACAUCUACCUCCCUUCCGUAGAGGGCUCUCUCCAUAGUCCUUCUCUUCGUCUUCAAGCCCACGCCGGGGGAGAGCUGCGCCCAGUCUGUUACCUCGCCCCGGCGUUCCGGGCAGCUAGGGUCUGUUCGCUGUCGGCCAGUGAUAAGGUGGCUCGAUGGGUGGUGCUGGGGCUGGGAGGGGGCCUACUGGCCCACUUCCUGCCCCCACUCUAUGCAACCAGCCUCAUAGUUGCUGACUCCUGCCAUGACCCCUCAACUCUGAGUCGGGUCAUCCAUGACCGGCCCUGCCUAGAGGGACGGCCAGGUCUGCCGCCUCCCUAUGCUCGGAAUCCCCUGCACCUGUUUGUGGGACCACCUGUGGCUCCCCAGGAUUCCCCACCCUCCAGCUGCCAGGGCCUCAGCCUCAAUUGGAGCCUGGGAGACACCAGCCUGGAAGCUGUGGACACAAACACGGGCCGCGUAUGGUCAGAAGGCUCCCUCGGUCCUCCCUCCCGCCUCUGCAAGGCUGCUUUCCUCCGGGCUUUCCGCCAAGCAGCCCAGGCCCUGGGAAGAUUUGAUCUCUUGGCACUGGACACAUAUGAGGUGGCCAAGGCAGGGACGUACUGUGCUGCUCGUCAGGAGUGGACCGCUUACCUGGAACAGCAGGACUUGGGCUCUUGGCCCUCCAAGCCUCUGGUGGGUGGGUUCCAUCACUGACCACAGGCAUUUGGGCUGUGCCCUGUGUCCUUCCCACAGGGAAGCCUUGAGUGUCGGGUUUGUGUGUCGGGGCUGGGGGAGGGGGCUGUGACAGGGAUUAAAAAGUGCUUGGGCAUUAAGGCACUGGGCAAGAGGAUCUGUAUUUUGGUAGUGAGGAAACCACCUGUUGGAAGCUAUGUACUUUAUGAUUUGUCCUGAAUAAAUUCUUUGUUCUCUGUGCA